GCUCCAUCCACCACUGCGAUUUCUUGUGAGCUUAUCGUUCCCGUUCACUCCGAGACAACAGACACACCGCAAUGUCACAAAUCUCACUCGUAGCCGUGCCAGGCCAGCUUCUCGGCUCUAGCAGCGAAUAUCUGCCAGGUCCAGGUACACAUAUCCAUUCCUCGAAUCUCUACGCCUCGAUCCUUGGACCCAUCAAAACAGUAGCACCGCCCAAACCCAGCUAUCCCCAAAAACGAGCCACGAAGAUUACACCUGCGGCUCCCACGCCUCUCUCUACUAUCUCUAUUGAAAGAGCUACACUCACUGGGGACAAGGCCGAGAUUUUACCUGAAGUAAACAGUACAGUUUUAUGUCGCGUCACAAGAAUUACUCCACGACAGGCAACAGUUGCGAUAUUGGUUGUAGGUGAAACGGUUUUGGAGGGCGAAUGGCAGGGCUUGAUUAGAGUGCAAGAUGUGAGGGCUACGGAGAAGGAUAAGGUCAAGAUUUUUGAGAGUUUUAGACCAGGGGAUAUUGUGAGGGCUGUGGUGAUUUCGUUAGGUGAUCAAUCGAAUUAUUACCUCAGCACGGCGAAAAAUGAGUUGGGAGUUAUUAUGGCGACGAGUGAGGCUGGCAAUGCAAUGUAUCCGGUCAGUUGGAAGGAAUAUAAGGAUCCUGAAACGGGAGCGAGUGAGAGUAGAAAGGUUGCGAAACCAUUCUAGAUUGCGGGAGGGGAGCAACAGGUCUUUUGACACCUGUUGUAUGUAUGAGCAUAGCGUAUGGCGUCGAGGCGUUCGUGGACAUAAGGACAUAAGGAUAUACCAAUUCACACAAAGUUUAUGAUCCGGUAUCUUCUAUUUGCUGCCUGGUGCCCACAUUUUGUCGGGUCGAGAUAAUGGUACACAUGAAUUUGCUAGGCAGCAAAUAGGUGGGCGCAAAGAAGAUAUAUUGUAGCUGGAUUCACUUCCCAAUUUUUGGCGGACUUUGUUCUUCGUGUAUGUCCUCAAGUGAGAUCAACAUGAACGUUCUAUUAUUAUUCCUUAUGUUAUCCCUUGCGCCCCAAAUAAUUCAUUAGACAGCCAUAAUCAUGUGCACAUUGAUUCCAAGAGGAAGUCUAGACCACAGGUUGUUUCUGGAAAUCCAUGUUAAAAAAAAAUAUCCGGAUAUCUCAUACCGAAAAUCUAUAUUCCGCGAACGCAUUUACAUUUUUUUCCUUUGGAGUUGUUGAAAUAUUGUGCAUAUCCGACAACCGGAAAACUUACUUAGCUAUAUCCGGAUGGAGAGGCGCGGCAUGGUGCACUGUCGUAUUUCAAGUCGUAUUCAUGUUUACAUAUCCGUGUUUUCAUCUUCGUCCCUAAGUCUUAGGUCUUGCUUGUUGCGAUUUUAUCCUUAGCUUAGAGCGUACUCACACUAUUUGAUCGAAUUCUCUUCCA